AUGGAGAGAGGGGUUCUCAAUCUGCAACCUGGAGUUGAUGAUCUGAAGGGAGAUGUUCAGAUACUGUGGUCUUUUGAAAGUGGCAGACAAAAUACACGUGUCGCGCAGAUACAUCAAGGGAAAAUGUACACUCAUUAUAACACGCAAUUCACUGGCAGAGUGCAGUUAGAGCAAACAACUGGAAUUUUAACCAUCUCAGACAUCAGGACUAAUCAGUCUGGACGAUGUACACAACACGAAACGGAGGAUUUCUGCUCUGUGUUCUGCUCGGUGAAGAAUGAUCGAGACGUGUCUAUCUCGUGGUAUAAAGGGAGUGAAAUAGUGAAUCAGAACAGCAAUCCUGAUCUCAGCAUCAACCUCAGUUUAUCAUUAGAUCUUCAUUAUCAUGAUUCAGAGACCUACAGAUGCACGGCUGUGAAUCCAGUGAGCAAUAAGAGCGUCCGUCUUCACAAGAAAGAGAUCUGCUCACCACAGGAAGAUUGUCUGGAUCACUGUGGCAUCUCUGAGGCUCUGGUUCGUCUGGUUCUGUCUGGUCUGGUGGGAAUCACCGCUGUUUUAUUUCUUAUUGAACAUCUGAUGCUCUGCUCAUCUCAGAGAAGAGCUGCUGCUUCUGUGUGAUGGUGAUACUUCUGUGAGAUUCUGGGUAAUUGCUAUUUC